AUGCAGCGCAAUUGGCCCAAUCUUUCUCCGGCAUUUCAUGACUUUGUUUAUGACCUUGGAUGGCCGGUUGAUUGUGUUAGUCAUCCAGGUUGGUCUGGUGGUCUCAAACGUUUAUUAGGCAUGUCCGAUUACACCUUAACGCAUCCUGGCGUCGUUUCUGCUGUAUCCACAGCCUCACUUUCUAAUCUAAACGCCAACAGCGCCGCGGACUCAACAACAUGGGCUUCUGCAGCCUUGGAAGUGCCUUUAUCCACAUCUGUAGGGAUACCAGAAAAUGCAGUGUCUAGUUUAGAGACAGAAUGCUCUUUCAAGUCACCAGUGACAACCAUAAAAUCAACUAGGCAUGGAAAAGUGCGUCUCAGUCCCAUGACUUCUCAAGAUUCGCCUUCCUCUUCAACUACCAGGAUCGGUAUUGAACAACGUCCUGGCUAUCAAAUGGCGCCCGAUGGUCUCAACUGUUUAGUCUACUGGGCCGACGCGAUUUCUGAGCUUGCUUGUAUGUGUCCUGAUCAGAUACCUACCACCGCAAUCGGACUUACAGCACAUUCUUUAGCCUCAUUCCAAGUUCCAACACAGUCUCAUGUGACGCUGAUGGCGCCAUCUUUGACUUCAGUCCAACCACCUGCAUCUGGUGUUUCUAGUCCGCCUGUAACGGAAACAAGCAAUGUGGGAGCUACUUCAUCCGGUUGGUUAGGAACACGCCUACGCUCUGCUACAGAAAUGCCAGGUGAAUAG